GAAAAGUGCCGGAGACUGGAGGGAGCCCGUGCUGAUGGCAGAGCUAUGCGGUGGAGCAGCAUCGCGCCUGCGGAUGUAGCAGAAACUUUUCAGGGCUUCUCCCGCUGGGAUGCGACCAGGAACCAACACUGGAGGGAAGCAGUUAAGCGCCAGCAGAGCUCCACGGAGGGAGUAGCUUAAAAUGUGGAUGAACUGACAUUUCCUCCACUAUCCGGGCCGGUUAAUUACUCAAGUUGAAGACCGAGCAAACUUCUGCUUUUUUGAAAAUGGCCGUUCGUGGCAACUCGCUGAUGCCUUUCUCGAUCCAAGCAAUCCUGAACAAAAAGGACGACAGCCGACACUUGCCAGAUUUGGACAUGUGCUUCUCCAAGACGACGUGCUGGAAAAUAUUCGGGGAGAUGAACGGCGGGUCGAGGAGGAACGAUGGGGAGGCUUGCGAGCCGACCGACCAGAAAAGCUACGAUUCGGACUCGGGACUGAGCGACGACAACGACAGCAAGACUCCGGCCGUGUGCAAGUCAGAGAAGGACGGAGACGCUGCGUCCGAUGUACCGGAGGAAAGUCUGCAGGAGGAGACGGACCAAGAGUCUGCAGCUGCGGAAAACGCAAAGAGUGACAGUGAGCCUAAUAACGCCACGGACUCCAGCAACGUGGACGAGAAGAGCCUGGACCAGCCCAAACAGCGGAAGAAGCGCUCCAGAGCCGCCUUCUCUCAUGCGCAGGUCUUCGAGCUGGAGCGCCGCUUCAACCACCAGCGGUACCUCUCCGGGCCGGAGCGGGCGGACCUGGCGGCCUCCCUGAAGCUCACAGAGACUCAGGUCAAGAUCUGGUUCCAGAACCGCCGGUACAAGACGAAACGCCGCCAGAUGGCCGCCGACCUGAUGGCGUCGACCCCGGCGGCCAAGAAAGUGGCGGUGAAAGUUCUGGUGCGGGACGACCAGAGACAGUACAGCCCGGGAGAGAUCCUGCGGCCCCCGCUGCUCUCCCUGCAGCCGUCCUACUAUUACCCGUACGCCUACUGCCUCCCGGCCUGGACACUCUCUGCGUGUGCGGGGAAUCAGUGAGAACUCGGUGACUGUAUUUAUUCAUUUUUAUUAUUUUUUUUUGCUCCCAGGAAUCCAAACUGACUUUCCAUAUUUUUUUUUUUCUGACAAGAGGAGGAGACCUGAUUGGACUGUGAUGAGCUCAGCGUCUCGCCUCAUCGUGUUGUCCAGGCAAAAGCAGGGGUUACUUCAUAUUUUUUGUGGGUUUUCACAUCCUCAAACACAAUAAAACGACUCCUCCGUUCAUUUAAUAAGAGUCUGUCUCAUGGGACCCCGACAGAGAAGCUAUUUCUCCUGAUAUAGGCUCUAAAAAUAAUAGAAGUCUGAACUGCAAGUGAGCGAAGAGACAGGACCUCCUUAUUAAAUAUCAGCGUGUUCACCUGUGAGGAGAGACACAGUACUAACACUAAACUAUUCCUCUGUUUGCUGGGACCCCUCAAGGACCUCUGAAGCCCUUCUGAGGGAACCUGCGGCCUGAAUAUGACUGAAAAUGUCACCUUAUGUUGGUUUAUAUUUUACAUGCGCCUUCCUACCUCUGCAGUGAUUUGGAAAUAGGCAUAUUCCAUUGACUUUUCAAAUAUAUGUCUCUGUUACAGGUUGUGUUUUAUUAUUAUUAUUUUUCUUGCUGUGUUUGUAAAGGUAAGAUAUUUCAGCACUUUUGAGCAUAUACGUUACAUUACUUCAAUGUAAAAUGCAUUAUAGUUUGGGCAUGUUCGGUGUGAGGCUGAAAAGAGGCGGUUUGUGACGGUGAACGUGAACAGGCUGAAACAAACCGACGACUAACUGAAAUGUACAUGUGUUAUUUGUGUUAAAUGACUGUUUAGAUGGAAAAACAUUAAAAACAUAUCAGGCAUUACUUUCA